AUGGGCAUCCAAGUCGGAGUUUUACUUAUUCUUGGUGUUCUGGCAAGUGUAGUAAUGGGUAUUUAUGCCUUGGUUUAUAUAAAUAAAACAACGGUAGCAUCAACAACAGUGACAACUAGUACAACAAGUACGACAACAACGUUCUUACCAUCACAAUGUUAUUCGUACACAAUUAUCAAUGAUACAACACGUCUGAUAACAGCCGGACUUGGAUAUGCAAACGAUUAUGGACUAUUUUCAACCGGCACUUUGGUUCGCUUCUUUGGUGCUGGUGGGACUCAAAUAGCAACAUUCCCACCGGGCGGAUAUCACUGUACUGCAACCUAUACUGGUUGGUACGCGGGAGCAUUGCCUUCGUUCAGUAAUACUGUUACUGGCAUAAUGUGUUAUACACCCGGUUCAUCACCAUGUACUCUUUACAAUACAAUAUCGGUAACUAACUGUGGUACCUUUUAUGUGUAUAAUCUCAUUGAUCCACCCAAUUACAGUUAUAUACGUUAUUGUACUGUUUAA